AUGGCUCUGUUUCCACCAGUGGAUUCUGUGGUGGCAGCUUCUAAGCCUGUUCCCAGUUCCAAGCUGAAACACCAGCAGAAAUUGCAGCAUAAACUCGUAUCUGACAAAAGAGAAAGUUUAAAUGAUCUCUGUGCCCAGAAGAGCCAAAGCUAUUCAUAUUCUCAGUCUGCAGAAACCAGUCAAUAUGGCUCCAGCUAUGGAGGCUCCUUUUCAGCUGGACUGCAGAGAAAGUAUCUUGCCAGCCAAACCAAGACUCUGCCGGUUAAAUCAGUACCCAGACAGAAAGAAGGAGUGGACCGUGCGUAUCCCCUCAAACCAAUUUUUCAGCACAGGGUUGUGAGUGUUCCAGAGGUCAACACAGCACAGCCUAUACAUUCCCCAUACAUGGAGGAAGCUCAAAAUAGUAGCCCUGGCUCAAUGAGCAAAGUCAAGCCUUCAGCAGAGAGGUCUCAGCUACCUGCAGCGUUCUGUCCUUGGACAGCAGGGCCUGAACAGUCAGCCCUCCAUCUGCACAGGAGACAGUGGGUCUAUAUCCUAAAGCUGGAGGCAAAUAUACAGUACACGGACAAGGAAAUUGAAAAGGAAAAGGCCAUCCUCAAAGAGAAGCUGAGGAGAACACAGCAGACACUUAUAAGGAUUCAAAAAGAAAAGGAGCUUUCCAAGGCAGAGGAAAGGACAGACGGAGAAGAAGAGAGGGCCCCUGAGCGAAAGGCCACAAGGCACCCUGAAGAGAAAACUUCCACAGUUGCAGACAGGUCAGGUGACAGGGUCUUGGGUGGGGCACAGUCUGCAGAGGCCACUAUCCCUAAGCCUGGCACCACUCCUCACCCCCAAGAGCUGGCUAUGAAGAAACUCAAGAAGGAGCUGCUGGUGGCCAGCAACAGCAGAAUUCAAGACUGUAUAUCCAUGGAGUGUUUAGGCUCUUCUUCAAAGCUGGCCCCAAAACGUACCCCUUCUCCCUCUACCCUCGCAGACCAAGAUUCUGGUGACCACCCAUCAGCAGAGGUGCUGCACAGGCAGCCUCCCAGUGCUGUAAAGGAGGAGAGGCUUGGACAGUGCAGCUUAUGUGGACGUAAGUUUCUCUGUGCCAGGCUUGAGAAGCACAUGAGUAUCUGCAGCAAGAUCCAAGAAUCUCAGAGGAAAGUGUUUGACUCCAGAAAAGCCAGAGCUAGGGGCACAGAACUGGAACGGUAUCAGCAUCUGAAGAGCUCAGAGAGCCUUCAGGUAAUAAACACACCCAUAAAGAGCAACUGGAAACAGAAGCAUGAGAGUUUAAUGAAGAUUGUGCAGCAGGCCCACCAGGUGCAGCAAGCACUCUCCAAGGGAGGGAAGAUGUCCGACCUGCCUCCGUUGCCUCCCAUCGAAAACCCAGACUACGUUUCCUGCCCCUACUGCAGCCGUCGAUUUGCUCCCCGAGUAGCUGAGAGACAUAUUCCCAAAUGCAAAAACAUCAAAAGUAAGCCCCCUCCCCCGCAGCAGAGGCUGCACUGCUGA